CAAAUACAGUGUAUAUGUUUCAAAAUGGCGUCCAGCGAAAGGAAGUCGGCAGGAAUGUUGCGAAAAAUUUCAAAACCUGUCAUUAGCUCAGAUGUUAUGGGAAAUAGAAACGUUGAAGUCCGUGCUGUUGGAGCUUGGGUUCAAGCAGAACCAUGCACUAGGCAUCCAGAAGCAGUUCUGGCAGCCGAGGAAGAAGAAUUGCGACUUAGGCAGUUACAACUGGAGAAACAGGCUCGACUGAAACAGUUCCAACUAGAGGUGAAGAAACGUGUAACAAGGCUGGAUAAAAUGAAGAAACAGGCACAGCUAGAAACUAAUUACAAAGCAGCUGAGCAUGAGAGGAACAUUGUGUGUCAGAGUGCGUUCUCGUCACAAGACUUUGCAAAGAAAGAUACAAGUCUUGUUCGGCCGAACACAACGCUUGAAGUAGAAAAAUUGAACAGAGGUCACAAAGGACAUAAAGACAAGAAGAAUCAUGAGUCUUUGGAAGGACAAGCUUUCUCCGAUCAAACCAACCAGGUUCAUCAGCAUGUGCGACAUGCAAAAAAGAAUCUGAUGUCUCGACAGGUGAUCACAGAUAAUUAUGUAGGGGAUGACCUGCCAGGUGGUGUGUGGAAAAUAUCAAGGACUAGAGAUCAGACACAGGAGACAAGAAAUCAUCCGUCGUCUAGAUACACAGUUGAUGGUCAGGAGUUUGAUAUCCUAGAUGAGAAUCUCAUUGAAAAAGUUAAAGUUGUUAAUAACAAAGCUUUUCAGUGUACAGAGGAUGAGGAUGAAGAAAUUGACAAAGAGAAUAUAGAAAUACUUAGUUCUCAUGGUCAGGAUACAGCUGAGAGAUGUGUAAAGUUUGAUCUGGAUAGACACAAUACAGGACCUAGAAAUGGUGAAUUACGUAGAUCAGCUCAACACACGGUGAACACAUUUAGUGGAACAGAUAUACACAGAAAUAUGCCAUUAGUAAAAGUUCCAAAUAUAUACGAGGGUGUGCAGACAGAGGAAGAGAAGAGACGAGCCAAAAGUCAGCAGGCUAUGUAUCGAAGACUGUUUAUGGACCUUGAAAGGGAACAGGUCAAAGAAAAUCUGAGGCGACAAGAACACCGCAAACGUAUUCAAAAACUGAAGAAGGAAAAGGAGGAAGAAAGAUUGAAGGAGGAACAACUAUCCAAACAGUUGAUUGAACCUCGUGACCCUGUUACCGGGGAAACAAGCAGGGAGGCCCUUGACAGGGAGGAGCAAGAAAGACAAUUUAUACGACAAACAAUACGAGAACAUGAGAGAAAAGUGAGGAAAACAAAAGAAAUGGAAAGGUAUAUAGAAGCAUUAAGACAACAGCUGAAAGAGAAAACGAGACGGAAGAAGAUUGAUUUACCUCCCUUGUGUUGUUGUGGUGAAACAAUCUGGGAUACCAACCCUGAGACAUGUGCCAACAACUGCGUGUUUUAUAAAAAUCCUAAAGAAUAUGGCCGAGCAUUGCAGGCAAUGCUGGAUUCCAGUGACCUUGCUUCCUAGAACUGAUAAUUAACAGGUUCUUAUAAAAAAAAUUUGACAGCUGACUGCUUUAGAACCAAAAAAGCAGAUGAUGGUAUUGGAAAGCUAGUCAGUUCUGAAAAAAGCAUAUGUUUUACUGAUCCUGUGAACACAUAUUCAACCAGAAAAAUGUGUUAAAUGAAAGAGACCAAUAAAAAUGUAACGUUUAAACUUUUUGUUUUUGAAAUAAACCAUGUCAGUGCAGUAUUGAUAUAGAAUUAAUUGAACGGGUAAGGAAAUGCGGUAAUGCCAAACAAUUAACCUAUAAGAAAGUUCGCUUUUAGAUUUUAUUCUUUUCAGUGGAACACCAAGCCAGCUUCCAGAUUUACUUCUACAUGUUGCAUUAGAGGCAGUCAAUGCUAGUUAUAUAUAUGGGUGUCUGUGAUAUUGUUACAAAAUUAAAUUUCUGGAAGAUUAUACAAUUAAUAAUAACAGUUAAAUACAAUAAGUAUGUUACAGUCUCUCUUGCCAGUAUACAUUAAUUUCAUAUUUUCAUAAAAUAUUGCAAAUUACGAAAGCCUUUUUAAAAGCUCAGAAUAUUUUUGUCAAAGAAAAUUUAAAUCAUCGGUGUAGUAGAAAUGCUGUCCAAAAUAUUUGAAUUGUUAACUUCUUGCUUUCUGUUAAAGAAAUUGAAUGAAAAAUGUUUUGAAAAGAUUCUGAGAAACCUGCCAUAUUGCCAGUAACAUCUAUAUUCUUUUAGAACCUCUAGUUUGUUGAGUAAAAAAGUGGAUCAUGCAGUUAGGAAUUUGUGUUAUUAUUUUAUUUAUGUGUGUUAGAGAUAUCUUGUACAUUCCGUGUGUGAAUAAACUUUAUGUGAUAU